GCUGUAAAAGCAAAGAUACCAAACCGAUAUCAUAUCUUUAACCCAACAAACCAAAUAUCACCAAUACAUCAAUCACCUUCUUCUCUAUCUAUUGUUCCUCCAUGGAAAUGGAAGCGAUGGAAGAAAGUAAUCAUGUUGACACUUCUCGUCCUUUUAGCUCGGUGAAAGAAGCUGUUGCCAUCUUCGGCCAACGGAUUAUGCUACCAGGACAAACUCAUACGGCAAACCACAAACCGGUAAGUCCUAUUGCUGCUAGUCCUAGAAUCACCCACACCACCGCCUCUUUGCCAUCUUCACCAUGGAAGCAGCGCCCUUCGUUGCCCUCUUCUCCUCAAGGUCCAAAGGAAGAGUUCAUGGAUGUAUUGAAGAAGCUUGAGGCCGAGAUAACGGAGACAAAGACAGAGGUGAGGAAGUUGAAGGAGAGAGAGUCGGAGACAGAGGUGGCUUUGGCUACGUUGAACGCCGAGAUGCAUAAGAACAUGUCAAAGAUGGCUAAAGCGGAGGCUGAUGCUGCAGGGAAGAGCGCAGCAGCAGCAAUGGCCAAAUCCGUGGGCGUCAAGGAAACAAAAGAGAAGGAAAAUGGAGAGGAAGAGAGGAGGAAAGAGCUGAUGAGGAAGAUGGCGAAGGAGUAUCCUACAUUGGCUCAGAUACUUGAUGGUAACAGAGGAGAUAGAAAUGAUUAUUUUGGGAAGAAGAAAAAGAAGAAACCUAUCGUUCCUCUUUUGGGAGAUUUCUUCUUCCUCAAGAAGAAAGGGUCUUCUACUGAAAUCUCUGCACCUCUUUACACUUCCUCUUCCACUCUGCGCUUUUAGCUAAAACACUCUAAAAUCUAAAUAAAAUCAUGUACACUGCAAGUGUGUAUAUGUAUGUAUGUAUGUAUGCACUUCAAUAUCGGUGAUAUCUAUGUAUAUGUGUGUGUUCUUUAUUUUGUUUGUCUCUUUGAUUCUUUGUUUGGAUUUUGUAUGCAAAGCAGCAACGUGUGUUCCCUC